AUGACUGCAGGGCUACCUGGACAAGAAAGAGUCUACUUAAGUUCAGACUCUGUGUGUGCUGAAGAGGAAAAUAUGGAAUUUGAGUUAGAUGCUUUCUCGCCGGAGAUUCUAAAUGGAAUAAAUUGUUCAAGUCUACCACCACACAAGUUGGUUCUGAAGGUUGGCGCUCCUGUUAUGUUGCUGCGGAAUAUAGACCAAACUAAUGGUUUGUGCAAUGGAACGAGGAUGCAAGUUAGAAGAAUGGGAAAUCAUGUGAUAGAAUGCAAGACUUUGACUGGUAACAAAGCUGGAAGUAUUAUUCUUAUCCCAAGACUGAAUCUAAUUCCAAAUAAUAAAACAUUGCCAGUCAGGUUUCAAAGAAGACAAUUCCCAAUUAUCAUGUCAUUUGCAAUGACAAUAAAUAAGUCCCAGGGACAAACUCUAUUGAAAGUUGGAAUUUACCUUCCAAGGCCAGUUUUCACCCAUGGUCAAUUGUAUGUUGCGUUAUCAAGGGUAACGAGUAAAGAUGGUCUGCGAGUGCUGUUGCAAGAUCAUGGACACUUGGAAGAUAACUGCACGAUGAAUAUGGUAUAUAGAGAAGUUUUUGAGAGCCUAUAA